AUGAAGAAGGCGACGGAGUCGCGCGAGAACCUCGUCAACUCGGCGGUCUCGCUGGAGGAUGGGACCACCGAGCCGGUCGACGAUCAUCCCUCAAUGCUGCGCUCGCUCAAGAGUGCCACGUCCGAGUUUGACCUCGAGAUCCAGGAUAUAGUGCUGACGAAAACGGAGAAGCGCUUCCUGCUCAGUGCGGAACGGGGCGAUUGCGCAACCGUAAGAAGAAUCAUCCAAGAAAACAGGGAACAGCCGGAGGAGUUCGACAUUAACUGUGUCGAUCCGCUGAACCGCUCCGCCCUGAUAGCGGCCAUUGAAAACGAGAACAUCGAGCUGAUCAAUUUGCUGUUGCGGGAAGGUAUCAAAGUCAAGGAUGCACUGCUGCACGCCAUCAAGGAGGAGUACGUCGAGGCGGUGGAAACGCUACUACUGUGGGAGGAGGAAAACCAUGUACCGGGCGAACCCUACAGCUGGGAAGCGGUCGACCGGUCCUCGUCAUCGUUCACCGCCGACAUCACGCCCCUGAUACUGGCGGCCCACAAAAACAAUUAUGAGAUACUGAAGAUUCUGCUCGACCGCGGUGCCACACUGCCGAUGCCGCACGACGUACGGUGCGGUUGCGAUGAGUGUGUUACGUCGAGCGAGCAGGACUCCCUGCGCCACUCCCAGUCGCGCAUCAACGCGUACAAGGCGCUGUCGUCCAGCUCGCUGAUAGCGCUCAGCUCAAAGGAUCCCAUCUCGACGGCGUUCCACCUGUCGUGGGAGUUGCGACGGCUCAGCCGUAUGGAGACGGAGUUCCGGGCGGAGUACACGCAAAUGCGGCUGGCGGCGCAGGAGUUCGCGACCGCCCUGCUCGACCAUGCCCGCACCUCGAACGAACUGGAGAUCAUGCUCAACUACAGCCCCGGUGCGGUGGACAACUGGGAGCCGGGCGAGAGGCAAACGCUGGAACGGUUGAAGCUGGCCCUGAACCACAAGCAGAAGAUGUUCGUCGCGCAUCCGAACGUGCAGCAGCUGUUGGCGGCCAUCUGGUACGAGGGCCUACCCGGCUUCCGGCGCAAAUCCAUCGUCGGACAGAUAAUGCAGGUGGCGAAGCUGGGCACGAUGUUCCCGGUGUACAGCAUGAUCUACAUGAUCGCACCCAACUCGGACAUGGGGCUGUUCAUGAAGAAACCGUUCGUGAAGUUCAUCGUACAUUCCGCUAGCUACGCGUUCUUUCUCAUGCUCCUCGGUGGUGCUUCGCAACGCGUCGAAUAUCUAGCGAUUGAAUGGUUUGGACCGGACUGGGCGCAGGACAUACUGGCGGAAUGGAAACGGAAGGAACGGGGCUCACUGCCGGGGAUGUUUGAAUGUCUGGUGAUACUGUACAUCAUAAGUUUGAUAUGGCACGAGAUGAAGUCGCUGUGGAACGAUGGACUGAUGGAGUACGUGUCCGACCUGUGGAACAUCGUCGACUUCAUCUCCAACACGUUCUACAUCGUGUGGAUGAGCCUGCGGUUCACCUCCUGGUACACGGUUUGGCGUGACGCGAAAGCCGGCCUUAAUCCGUGGUAUCCCCGCGAGCAGUGGGACCCGUUCGAUCCGAUGCUGCUGUCCGAGGGCGCGUUCGCCGCCGGCAUGAUCUUCUCCUUUCUCAAGCUCGUCCACAUCUUCUCGAUCAAUCCGCAUCUCGGACCGCUGCAGGUGUCCCUCGGCCGCAUGAUCAUCGACAUCAUCAAGUUCUUCUUCAUCUACACGCUGGUGCUGUUUGCGUUCGGCUGCGGCCUGAACCAGCUGCUCUGGUACUACGCGGUGCUGGAGAAGAACAAGUGCUACCAUCUGCCGAGCGGCCUGCCGGACUUCGACAACAACGAGAAGGCGUGCGCCAUAUGGCGCCGGUUUGCGAACCUGUUCGAAACGUCGCAGUCACUGUUCUGGGCGUCGUUCGGUUUGGUCGACCUGAUGGCGUUCGAGCUGAGCGGCAUCAAGAGCUUCACGCGCUUCUGGGCGCUGCUGAUGUUCGGUUCGUACAGCGUGAUCAACAUUAUCGUGCUGCUGAACAUGCUGAUCGCCAUGAUGAGCAACUCCUACCAGAUUAUUUCGGAACGCUCCGACACCGAGUGGAAGUUUGCCCGGUCGCGGUUGUGGAUGAGCUACUUCGAGGACGGUGAUACGCUGCCGCCACCGUUCAAUCUCUUUCCCUCCAUCAAAAACUUUACCAACCUAUGCAAAUGUUCGAACGACAAACGGUCCACGACGAGCAUCAUCAAGCGAAACCGGGAGAAAGCCCAGCGGCGGCACGAGAACGUCAUGAAGCUGCUCGUACGGCGCUACGUCACGGCGGAGCAGCGCAAGCGGGACGACUUCGGUAUUACCGAGGACGACGUGAUGGAGAUCCGGCAGGACAUUAGCACGCUGCGGUACGAGCUCAUCGACAUACUGCACCAGAACGGCAUGCGCACGCCGAAUCUCAAACCGAACGAGAAUGCAAUUGCCGGCAAGAAGGGUCGCGUGAUGGAGCGUCGUAUACUGAAGGACUUCCAGAUCGGUUUCGUGGAGGGUAUACUGCAGGACACGUUCAGCACACCGAGCGAAAAGCCGGCGGACGUCUUCAGUACCAUCGCGAAGGCAAUCGGGAACAAGUCGAGCACCAAGAAAAAGAAGCCGGAGGAUUGGAAUGCGCUGGUGCGCCGCAGCACGGUGGCACGCGAUCCGAUAGGGAACUCUACCGAGGCAAUUAUGCGCCGCAGUCGGCAGAGCUUGCGCAAGCAAAUACUCGAACACUCGGAGAAGGGGCUCGAGAUGGAUACGGACCAUUUGGUCGAGUACAACCCGAAGCUGUCGGAGGUGACGCCGGUAACGCGCGUCGCGUACGUGAAGUUCAUGACGACCAAGAUGAAGAAGGAUGCGGCGGAUGUGGCGGCGAGCGGCAGCGAGACGACCUCGUUCGAAAACGAGCGCCGCCAGUCGUGGAAGCGCAGCUCGCUGAAGAACUUGGUGGACAUGAAGGACAAGAUUAGCAAUCUUGAUGCUGGUGUAGAAGGGGCGAAACCGGACCAGGAACCUCCGGUGGAAGAUGUACCCAAGGCAGUGGUGAUUGUUGAGGAACCAAAGCAGGAAGAGCCGGCCGCAGUAGUACCGCCCGCCGAAGAGGUACGGGCCGAAACACGGCCAAAAGUUCGCGUCCGUUCACCAAUCAUCGAGGAUCCGAACGAGGAGCGCGAGGACACACCGUCCUGCGUCAGUCCGCCGCCAGCCGAACCCAUUCCCGAGCGUCCCGUCUCACCGAUUCCACCCCACAGCCCUCCGCUGGAGCGCCAUCCCGAGCCGGAGGUCGAGUCACCCUCACCACCACCAGCGCAGCCCGAGGGGAAGGUGUCGGCUGGCCCGCCCUCGGAAGCGGCCGCCCGCUGUCAGGAUACGCUCUCGCCGACGGCAUCCACCAAGUCGACGGAUUCGCGCCCGAAGGUGGCCACACCGUCGGCCAAACCGCCGGAACGGCUCACGCUCAGCCCGAGUCCCGCGGGCACCGACGACACCGGACCGCCCGCAUCGCCCUCGAACCGUGGCAAAUCCAAGAGUACCGGCCGCAACUUGGGUGGUUGGAUCUAG